AUGCAAGAUGGGUUAAGCUGCUUUAAAUCAAGCAGGAUAAAUCUUGUUGAUCUGGCUGGGUCAGAAAGACAGAAGCUGACCAGUGCAGCUGGAGAACGAUUGAAGGAAGCAGGGAACAUAAAUCGAUCACUUUCACAACUCGGCUAUGGUUAUGCAAUCCGUUGUCAUAUUGUAGUUCAUUUUGAUGUUGUUUUGCAGUAG